AUGUCCCGCUCAUACGAUCAGCCAAUAAUAGACAUAGUAAACUAUGUUUACCACUACUUGAUCGACCCAGAUGACGAGGCAAUUUGGGGAUGUGCACGAACGGCCCUCCUCGACGCAAUGGGCUGCGCUAUAGAGACAGCGGCGACGAGCAUGGAAUGCCAAAAGCUGCUCGGCCCCGUGAUCAAAGGGACUGUCGUGCCGGGUGGAUUCAGGGUUCCGGGAACGGCGUUGCAGGUUGACCCCGUGAAGGGGGCUUUUGAUCUGGGCGUCUUGAUUCGGUAUCAGGAUCAUAAUGAUGCACUAAGCGGUGCGGAGUGGGGACAUCCAUCAGAUAAUCUCGGUGCUAUAAUCUCGGUGAUGGAUUGGCUGUCGCGCGCAAACUUAUCUGAACGAGGGGUUCACAGUGGCCCGCCCUUGACGAUGCAGAUACUGCUCAUUGCGCUGAUCAAGGCGUACGAGAUCCAAGGGUGUUACCAAAUGCGGAACGCGUUCAAUUCCUAUGGAAUCGACCAUGUGGUAUUGGUCAAAUUGGCUUCCACAGCUGUUGUUUGUUGGUUGCUUGGACUGACUGAAAAUCAAGCCAUGGCAGCCAUUUCUCAUGUUUGGAUGGACGGCCAUCCAAACCGGCUAUACAGAUCCGGCACAAACACUAUCCCAAGGAAAGGGUGGGCAGCAGGAGAUGCGACGAGAAGAGCUGUGCAAUUGGCACUGCUGGUACGGGAAGGCCAGCCUGGUUCACCCGAGGCUUUGAGCGCGAAGCCGUGGGGUUUUUGGGAGCAGACGUUUGGUGAGACGGGAUUUGUACUUCCACGACCCUUUGGUUCGUGGACAGUACAAAACGUGCUGUUCAAGAAUAUGCCCGUAGAAGGACAUGCGAUAUCGGCCGUGGAAGCAGCCGUACUGCAAGCUCGUCUGUUUCGACAAAUGGGGUUGUCAGAUCCUCUCAAACAGGUCAAACGAAUAGAUCUGAGGACCACUGCUGCUGCCUUCUUAAUCGUGAACAAGCAUGGACCGCUGCGCAAUGCUGCUGAUCGUGACCAUUGCAUCCAGUAUGUGGUUGCCUUGGCUUUCUUGAAGGGCAGUCCACCAGAGGCUAGGGACUAUCUAGAUAAGAGUCCAUGGGCGACGAGCGAAGAACUCGGAGUUUUGCGAGAAAGAAUAGUGGUGCAGCCCGACUCUAGGCUCACCGAGGAUUACCUAGACUUGGACAAGAAGAGCAUCGGUGCGGGAAUGACUGUUCAUCUCGAAGAUGGUUCUUCGAUCCCUGAGAUCCUAAUUGAGUACCCCGUUGGACAUGCCCGGAAUCCAAAGACACCAGCAGCGGUGCAAAAGAAGUUUUUCCAAAACAUGGGGCUUAUGUUCUCCGCAACAGAGAUUGGUCGGAUAUUGGGUGCUGUUCAAGAUCCAAAUACGUCGGUCUCGGAUUUCAUGGACUUGUUCACCCGUCCGUCGGCCAAAGUAAAAUUGUAG